UACACCUCGUUGAAUUGACUCCGCGCUUUCACGUUGACUUCCAUCAUGUCGGCCCAUUUUGUGCCACCGGUCAUUCAAGAAAAUCCCCAAGGAUGGGGUCCAAAUCAAAUCCCAGAGCAGUUCAAGGAUAUGCCAUACCAGCACUUUUCUAAAGAUGUCAGACUUGGGAAGGUAUCUGAUUGGACUGGAAACACCUACCAAGACAAGCGUUAUCUUGGCAAGUACAACUCAGCUUUUGGAGGAGGGAGUCAAUAUGCUUACUAUCAUGAAGAGGAUGAGAGCUCUUUCCAGCUUGUGGAUACCUCCCGAGUUCAGAAGCCAAUUUAUCAAAGGAGAGGUCGUCUGUUCCAACAGAACAGACAACGCAGGGACAGAGAAAGACGGCAGCAGCAGACGCAGGCUAACAUGCAAGUCCUCACUAAAACGCAAAAGAAUCGUGAGAGAGAUCGCCAGAGGCUGCUGAAGAAGUGGCAAAAGCAAUUUGGCAAACAGAUGCAAGAGAACCGCAGCAAAGCCCCCAUUCGCAACCGAGAUGCUUCUGUGCAGAUCAAGGAUGAUUGGGUAGUCGUAGAGGAGAUGGACUUUCCACGAUUGACAAAGCUGAACUUGCCAGACAUAAAGGAUGGAGAGGACCUGAAAAUAUGCGGCUCUAUGGAGUUUUACGACAAGACCUAUGACAGAGUGACCACAAAGAAUGAGAAGCGCUUGACGAGGAUUAAUCGUAUUUUCCACAAGAUCACGACUACUGAUGACCCUGUUAUUAGACAGCUGGCCAAAACACAAGGCAACGUCUUUGCUACUGAUGCUAUUCUGGCAACCAUGAUGUGCUGUCCAAGAUCUUCUUACUCUUGGGACAUUGUUGUACAACGUGUGGGAAACAAACUUUUCUUUGACAAGCGAGAUGACUCUGACUUUGACCUAUUGACUGUCAGUGAAACGGCGACUGAGCCGCCCCAAGACGACGGCAGCAGCAGCAGCUUCAACUCUCCGCGCAGCCUGGCACUUGAAGCAACUUUCAUCAACCACAACUUCUCCCAGCAAGUCUUGAGAAUGAAUGAAGAGAAGUACAGCUUUGAUGAGAAGAAUCCCUUUGUACAAGGUGGUGAUGAAACUGAUGUAGCAUCUGUCGGAUAUAGGUAUAGGAAGUGGGAUCUUGGCAAUGACAUUGUACUAAUUGCCCGCACGGAGCAUGAUGCAGUGACCUACGGCCCCAACAAUGAGAUUCAGUUCAUGAAUGUGAAGGCUUUGAAUGAAUGGGACUCAAGGUUCUCUGGAGGUGUGGACUGGAGAGGUCGCCUUGAUAACCAGAAAGGAGCUGUGCUGGCCACAGAGUUGAAGAACAACAGCUGCAAGCUGGCGAAAUGGACUGUGAGCUCGCUCCUUGCUGGCUCGGACCAGAUCAAGUUUGGGUAUGUGUCACGUCAACACGUGAAGGACACGGCCAAGCAUUUGAUUCUUGGCACUCAGCAGUUCAAACCAGUGGAGUUUGCCAACCAGAUCAACCUGAAUAUGGACAAUGCCUGGGGAAUCCUGCGCUGUAUCGUGGACACAUGUAUGAAGCUCAAGGAAGGCAAAUAUCUCAUCAUGAAGGAUCCAAACAAGCCUGUGGUCAGGAUCUAUGACAUUCCUGACCAAACCUUUGAUUCAGAAGACGAUGAUGAUGAUGAUGAAGAUGACUCUGACGACGAAUCUGAUGAUGAUGAUGACGAUGAUGAUGAAGAGCCAGAAAAGUGAGUGAACAGCUGCCAAGUUUACCGAGGCAAAAGGAUUUGCUCGUACCAGUUGUCCUGAUGUAUGGUUUUAUCUUUUUUCUUUUUAGGGAUGGAUGUGUCAUUUACUAAUUAUCAUAGUACUUGUGUAUUUUGUUGUGAAUGUCAAUCAAAAUUUCUAAGUGGUGAGCUUCUUUGUUCACUGUAUUUGUUCUUUUCUUCACAAUUGAUAGUCAGUAAUCUUUUUGUCUUUCCAUUAUUUUCUCAUCCACAUCAUUUUGGGUAUGGUAGAGGAAGAUAUAGAUUGUCAACCCUUCCCAUUUAAUGGUACUAGGUCUCCUGAAUGGCAGACUGAUAUUCCAACAAUAAUUUUUGGAUAUCUGGUCAAAGAAUAGAAGGCGUUUACGUCUUGUGGAGAUGACACUUUGUUGUAAAAGCACAAGAAAUUGCAAAAUGGAUCCUAAAUUUGAUAAUUAAUUAAAGAAAAGAGCCCUAAUCUUUUGACAUUAUUUUUUUCUGUCGUCCGUAAUAUUUUGGGUAUAAAGCUCUUUGUGAUCAGUACCCUUGACGUUGAUGUAGAAAAAAGUAAAUGAUAUAAGUUUAUAUUUAUUUUGUCAUCUGUUCUAAAUUCUGUUGAAAAUGCAUGUUUUUAUGUAUAUGUGAGGACUGAAUGAAUUUGGCUACUGUCAUUCGGGAAAUGAAAUUUUGUGAGGUAUUAUUCUGGAACGGAAUAAAGUGAAAUGCACCUCAAU